CUCAAUUCAAGCAAUCAAAUACCUGUUCUUAAGAAGUUUCCUGUUAAAAAUUUAUUAAAGUUAGGCGAUUAAUUUCCUAAAUUUGAAUAAGAUGGGGAUUACAGUGAUGUUUCAUUUGAAUACAAUUGAAUUCUCCUGUAGUAUACGUUUUGUUUCUGAAAAAGUAUUCGCAGCAUAAUUUAUGUAUCUUUCUCGCAUCAUCACGAGUAUUGCACUACUAAUAAUUAAGAAAUUUGGAUGAUUAUUGGUUUGACUAAUAUACGUAGAUUCUAACAAACCCCAGAUCUUUGUUGCUAAGCAGAAUUUCCAAGAAUUUGGUUACACCGCGGCAUUGACUUGCGGAAGCCCCAGUGAUUAUAAAUAUCAGCUCCUAAUCAUUGCAGAGAGCAGCAAGCAAACAUUUAUUGCCUGCCUGCUUGCUAAUUAGUUCAAUUGCUGCUCAUUCUGAAAGAGAAAAAAAGAAGUACCCGAAUCAACCAUACUGAAAAGCUACCAGUCCGGCACCAACCAUGUCCAAUAUGAAGAAGAAAGCAGUAAUGAAGGUUGGCAUGAAGACUCCAGAGGACAAGAUAGAUAUCAUGAAGGCUGUUGCUAAGAUCAAGGGAGUUGAAUUUGUAACCUUGGAUGGUGAGGGACAAAAAUUAACAGUGAUCGGAGAGGUGAAUCCUUGUCUGAUUGCGAAGAAGGUUGGUAAGUCUGGCAAGGGGAAGACAGUUGACCUUCUUGAAGUUAAGACUGGCAGGAGCGUUCAAGAGUUGAAUCGCCCUAAAUGGGGUGAUUAUUAUAGGUAUAAUAAUAAUAAUUGCAACUUUGACUCUUCUUAUUACGACUGUCCUCCAAGAACCAUAUAUGAUUGUCCUCCAAGAACCAUAUAUGAUUGUCCUAGUAGAACCAAAUAUGAUUGUCCUCCCAGAAUCAUAUUGGAGGAAUACCAAUACGGAUGCAAGGAUGCUCGCGGAGACUGUUCCAUCCUCUGAAUCAUUCUUGUUGUCCAAUUGUUUUAGCUAGCUACUCUGCUUGGCAUCCAUUUUUUACUUUUCCCUUCCAAUUUUCCCUUCUAUUCUGUAAGUAAUUGAAUCAGUUUAUUUGUACCUUGAUGUUGCUUGUCCUGUACAUAUAUGUAUAUAAUUCCAGUAUCAAUUGUCCUUGGACUCCUUGGUGUUACCUUGGAAUCAAAGCAAUUUGACUCA